GUACACCGACAUCGGCAAACAGCGUGCCGCCUCUUGCCAUCUACACCACGACCACCUUCACGCACAUACACACAACCACAAGGCGACUUUGCGAGUGAUAUCGUCAUGUGCAACUACAUUUACAAAGAGUUGAGCUGUCAACAUCGCUAUCACCUGGUGGAGUCAUGGUGUCCUAAGUACAUUGAGACGCAGAAGCGGUGUCCGCCCACCAUUGUGAGCAAGCAAUACUGGGGAGACGAUAUUUGUGCCGCCUGCCGUGAGCGUCGUCAACCGAGCAAAGCACCCUGGGCCAAGAUGAUCAAGCGUCCCUCGUCGAGACGCCUGCCGACGUAUCCUUCGUACCCUUAUCCACCCUCGUGCCAGAUCUCUGCACGAUGACUGCGUGACCACGCCGGCGACGCUUUACCAUCAACACCGACAACAGCACCAUCUUCACCACCAGCAGUCAAAAGGCGACGCAUCUCCUUGUCAUAGCGAGGAAACCCGCCAGAGAAGACACCAAGACGUCUACAGACGCAUCGAUCGAUCGACCGAUCUAUCUUUCCACCUACAGCAUCAUUGAU